CUCUUCCAGCUUGCUCUAGCUCUUGUCUUGUCUCUCACCCUUUGGUCUUUUUUCAUUUCUGUCUUCUUCAUCUGUCUCCUUGGUGUUUCUCAUCACUUUCUCCUCCAAAUACCUUCUCUAAUUUUCCUCAAAAACGUGCUCUCUUUUUCUCUCUCUCUUUCCUAUCUUUUCUAUCUCGGUCUCCCCCAUUUUCUCUCCCCAUCUCUGUCUACCACAUCUUCCUCCCCCUCCUUCUCUCCAUCCCUCUGCCUUGCUCUCUCCAUUCCGGCCCAGGCCUGACUCCCCCAGCCAGGGAGAGUUGAGGGACGGGGGCUCAGGCCGCAACCCCCCCUUCCCGCAGUGGGGAAAAUGGCUUGGCCGGGAAGGGGAGAAGGAGGGGGAGGGGGAGAUGGGAACACACGGGGUCUGUGGGCCCAUUCAAAGGAUCAUUCAUGGACUGGAGAGAGGCAGAGACAAAGAGACCAAGACGCAGAGACACGUCCCGCCCUCAACCCCGCCUCCCGGGGCUCCCGUCCUCAGCUCCUCAUUGGCUCUGGUGUCUCCGCCCCGCCGGACGUCUUGGCCACUCAGGAGAGGUUUUACAAAGGCGCGCUCAAUUCCCGGAUGCCUACGGGAAGGAGCUCUUUGACAAAGCCAACAAGCACCACUUCUUACACAGCCUGGCCCUGUUAGGGGUAACCCACUGCAGAAAGCCCCUCUGGGCAGGGUUGCUACUAGCCUCUGGAACCACCUUAUUCUGCACCAGCUUUUACUACCAGGCUCUGAGUGGAGACACGAGCAUCCAGACUCUGGGUCCCGUUGGAGGGAGCCUGUUAAUCUUGGGGUGGCUUGCCUUGGCUCUUUGAAGUCUCUUGUUUAAGUACCCAAUGCUGGGAUUUCUGGGUGAUUUUUUUGGCGGGGACUUGGAGCAAAAAAGGAAUUAAAAGAGAAAGGCAAAUGAA